UCUUCAGUUACACUGACAGGUUUACUGUUUGCUUGUGGGGUCCAAUCGCUCAUCAUUGCUGCCGAUGCUUCUUCGUUGCUUCAUCUCUUUUUGUUGGAUGGCAAAGGAAAAGAUGGGACUGACACCGAUCGUCGCUGUUUGAAUCGGACUUCCAUGGCACAAUUAUCGAUUUCAUAGCCCCUCCCCCUCCUCUAACCCUUUUGUAUGCAUCACUCCGACGCUUGCAGCAGAGGUGGCCGUGAAACCCCAACACAAAGAUUUGCUUGAAGCGAGAGGAUUUUACCAGUUUCGAUGGAGGAAGAUAGAGAUGAUUCUUCGGCUUCCUCUUCUUCUUCUGGCAUUCAGCCGCGGGGGUUGCUAGUACUGUUUGCCAUCUUUAUCCUGUUCUGCCUCCCCUCCCUCUUCUCUGCUUCCUUUCGUGGCUUUCGCGCGGUGUUCGUCAGGAACGGAUGGGACACUCUCAACUUCGUCCUCGUCCUUUUCGCCGUCCUCUGCGGCGUCCUCGGCCGCAGGAACUCCGGCGACGACACCGGCAAGUCCCCCUCCGCUUCAUCCCCGAAGGACGUCUGGUACAACGAUCACUCGGCGCAGCUUAGCAGCUACCUUGAUCACGCUGCGGUGGGCCAUUCUACGAGGAUGAGGAGGAUGAGGAGCAGCAGCUCCUACCCGGAUCUGAGGCAGGAGGCCGCGUGGGGCGGCGCCUCCGUCGCUGAAGGGUGGCAGUGCUUCGACGACAUCCAUCUGUAUCGUCGGAGGUCGGAUUCAGGUAGCUGGGAAAGCCAGAGGUUUGGGGGGUCGUCGGGCAAGGCCAUUCCGGUGGCUUCGUUUGUUAUCCGGCAGAGCCGUUCUCCAGUAUCGAGAUCUCCGCCGAGUCAGCCGCCGCCUACUCCUCCGACCACGGCGCAGCGGCUGCCCAAGAGGAACUUAGAAAAGCUUCCGCAGAAUGCGGUAGAAAAAGAUGCGAUCUUUGAAACGCGGAAUUCCCAAUCGCCAUCAUCCCCGCCAACGGCGCAGCCUCGGCGGCGACACGGCAGAGGGAGGAGCCUCGAGAAGUUUCCGGAGACGGAGGUGGAGGGAGACGCGAAUCCUGGAACAAGACAUAGGAGGAGUAGGACCGUCGAGGAUCUCCCAGAUCGGAAGGUGGAGCAACAUUGGAACAUGGGAGCACAGAAGCCACACACGCCACAUCCAACACGUCGGCCACCCUCUCCGUCGCCGCCGUCGCAGCCUCAUGAGGUGAAGACGAACAAUAAGAAGAGGAGAGGAGGAGGUGCCAAGGAUAUCGCCGCCGCCAUCGCUUUAUUCUACAAGAAGAGAAAGAGAGGUAGCAAGACGAAGAGGAGCCACGACGAUAUAUCGCUUUACAUGGGGGCAUCUUCUUCUUCGCCGCCGCGACCCCGGUCUUCCUCUGUCUUGCACCACCUGUUCUCUCACAAGAAGAGUAAGAACCGAGGGUUUCACUCAUCAUCAACGCCUCCUCCGCAUUCCCCUCCGUCGCCGCCAUCCCUUCCUUCAACCCGGCGUUAUGGUAAGCAAUCCUCUCCUCCUCCCUCACCACCACCUCCUCCGCCAACCCGCCAAUAUAAGAGGCAAGCGCCACCCCCUCCGGCUCCACCACAGGGUAAGCUCGACAAGAGGAAAGAAAAGCUCAAUCUUUCCGACUUCCCACUACCUCCGUCGUCUCCCCUACUUCCACCGCCUCCACCGCCACCGCCGCCAGCAUCCAGUUCGCAAGAGCUGUUCUCCGACGAUGAGGAGGCGGGGAACACUGACAGUGAAAGAUUCGGGGGAACUGCCGCAAACACGGGGGAGAACGGAACGGAAGAGGGGGUGGCGGUGUUCUGCCCCAGCCCCGACGUUGACAACAAGUCAGAGCUCUUCAUUGCUCGAUUCCGCGCGCGUCUGAACCUCGAGAAGCUGAACUCGAUCCGAGAAAAGCAGCGGCAGAGGCAGCAGCAGCAACAAGAAGAGGAGAUCAUGAUGAUCGGCAGCCUCUUCGGUGACGAUCUCAUCUAAAGAUAAGCUUCGCCAUCUCUCAGCGGCAUCUGCUGCCGCCACCACUACUAUCGAAAUUGAGCUGUUAAAUGCUUUAUUAGCUGCUUUGUUGCUGCUGCUUGGUUUUAAUCUUCUCGUAAAUUUCUCUCCUUUGCUGAGAGUUACAGCAGUUCCAACUUCUCAUGCAUUGACAGAGAA